CGAGAAGGGCUGCUUCUGCCUUGGCUGAAGAAGGAAAGGCGGAUGUGUUGGUUGUGAUUUGUCAGGUUCCUUGGUUUUAAAUUGUAACCCACACAAACAGCACACAGGGUGACAGAAGUUUCAGCCAUGGCAGACACAGAAGAGGAAAGGAGCCCCCCACCACAGAGAGGUGGUUCUGUGCAAUUCUUGUUGGCCAAUAAAUUGGAGACGGCUAUGUGGCUUUCCCGCCUGUUUACUGUAUAUUGCUCAGUUUUGUUUAUUCUUCCUUUCCUAGGGUUACAGGAGGCUGCUAAUUUUUACCAACGUGCCUUGCUGGCCAAUGCUCUUACCAGUGCACUUCGACUACACCAAAGGUUACCACAUUUCCAGCUAAGCAGAGCAUUCCUGGCCCUGGCUUUGCUAGAGGACAGCUGUCAUUAUCUUCUGUUUUCCCUAAUAUUUGUGAACUCUUAUCCAGUUACAAUGAGUAUUUUUCCAGUCUUUCUGUUUUCCUUGCUUCAUGCUACCACAUACACAAAGAAGGUACUUAAUGCAAUGGGCCCAAGCAGCCUGGCCUUUGUGAGGACCUUUCUGGAUAAGCUUGCAACAAACCAGCAAAGCAUUCUCAAAUUUAUUGCUUGUAAUGAAAUUUUCUUGAUGCCAGCUACAGUCUUCAUGCUUUUCAGUGGCCAAGGAAGCUUGAUACAGCCAUUUAUUUAUUACAGAUUUCUAUCUCUACGCUACUCCUCCCGUAGAAACCCAUAUUGUCGAACUCUAUUCACUGAGCUGAGGAUCCUGAUUGAACAUAUUACAAUGAAGCCUGCCUGCCCCGUGUUCCUAAGAAGAAUGUGCCUCAAUAGCAUUGCCCUUGUUAGCCGGUUGGCCCCAACAGGGGCAUAAGAAUGAGACUGGGAUAUGGUUUGGUUAUUGAAAAAACAUCCUCAAUAUUCCCAGCAGCUGGCCUUUCUGCUAAUGCUGUCUGUAGCUAAUGUUUUAUUCCAUAAUGCACUGAGUCAUUGUUUUGAGUAAGAACACUGAGUACAUAUAAAUCCACUUUAUCAGCAAUUUUUAAAACAUGUAUUCUGUAUAAAUGCAACUUUUGUUCCUUUUUUUGUCAAAUGUUCACAUUAAUUUAGAGGUUUGUUUCCAAUAUACAGUAGCAACUGAAUGACUAAAAUUGAUUUAAUCACCACUGUACUGUAUUAUACCAGCCACAAUUAUUUCAAAUGACAAGUUUAGUUCACAUAUUAGUUUUAUAACAUCUCAUUCAAAAUUAAUAUUUUUUUAUAAUGAAGGUAAAAGUAUAGAAAGCAUUACAAAGCAUUUUAUCAACAGUAGUUUCCGCUGAAAUAUUCUUUAAAUGUUGAAAUUUAAUUUGAAGGAUUUUAUUUUUCAAAGGAAUGUGUGUGAUCUUUGCUGUUCGAUAUUUAAAAUCUGCAUCAUGUUUCAUUUGUGUUUAGCAUGUGGUUUUCAGGAGUUACAAUACAUAUAUGAAUGUGUUGUACAAGGGGAUGUGCAGUCAUGGAAUCUAGAACUGCUAGCUGAACUGAUGCAUCUACAGUAUGUGGCCAUGUACCUGGCCCAAACACAAAUCUGAUAAUAAAUAACUUUUAUUAAAACAUCUUAUUGAAAAACCCUAAAGAACUGUGCUUCUGCAUCAUUGACAUGUUCCCUGUUGGAUUAUUGAUGGCUUUAUUUUUUUAUAUAUCCAUAUGGUUAUGAUGACAUGAUUUUAAAACAUUCUGUGUUUUUAUUUUGCUGUUCUAAAAAGUGUGCAACGCCAACAUUUAUAGCUUGUAUUGGUAGUAUCUUACAACAUACAUAUUUUAUAUUUGCAAAAUAUAGUAGUUAAGGUUACUUUACUGUAUAGUGAAUUCCAAAAUCCCCGCAGUUAAUUUGUCUGUAGUGCAUGUUGUUAAUCUUGAUGAAAGCAUCCUUGUUAUUUACACAUGGGUAGCAGUGUGUUCAAUAUUGAAGUCUUGACCUCCAAGUACAAAUUUAGAAAUAAUACUCAAUAAAUCUAAUUAUUUAAA